GUGAAUCUCCGCCGGUGCAGAAUGAAGGAUGUGAACCAACUUGGGUUUCUUAUAGCGAUUGUUGUUAUAGAAUCUUGCACCAUAGCGGCAGUGUUCCAGCGAAGUCGUGGGAAGAUGCACGUGCAUACUGUCAAGUUUUAGGUGGUGAUCUGGCGUCCAUAGGAACUCAGGAGGAGGGCAGGUUUCUUCAAAGACAACUCAUGCCAUCAUAUGGGACAACUGUGUUUUGGCUAGGCCUGUACAGAAAUUCUUCCGGUGAAAUUGCCAACGAAGGAUGGGUUUGGAUGGAUGGAACUGCGUUGAAAUAUAAGAAAUGGGGUUGGAGGGAACCGAAUAACUUUAACAAAAUUGAACGCUGUGGAGAAAUUUACGCCAACACAGGCUACUGGAACGACGUGAGUUGUUCUGAAUCACGAUCAUCUAUAUGUGAACGGAAAAAAGGCAAGUAUUGACGUUUUAUACUAGACGAGCUUUUUGACGACGUAUUGACGUUUUAUACCAAGGAAUUAUCAAACAAAUAUGCUAUCGUUGUUAUGAGUCGAGAUUAACUAUAACAUGGGUACAGAACGAACUAUACCGUGUCUAAUGUGUCUUGUGUCCGUCUUUAUACUGAGGUUCUGCCAAGGGUUUUUAGGGAACAAGGCACAUUUUGUAAUGGGAACAAAGCCGAAAAAUAAGGAAACAUGAAAAAGAUUUUCAAAUGAAUCUGGGAACACAGAACCUAUAUAUAUAUAUUGAAGACAUAUUGACAGACGAAUUUCAAAUUUGUCCAUACGGAUAAUGUGUCUUAACUUAAUUUAUUUUUUGAGAAAAGUUGUAGUAACUAAGGUGAUGUUGUGGCUUUUCAAUUGACGAAUACUUAAUUACUGAUGGAAUAAUUUUGAAUUUAUUCAAUAGGCGUUACUACUCCUACAAUCACAACCCCAAAUGUCACAACAGCAAAACGUAAGUUUUGGUGGUAUUUAUUAUUAUUUAUAUUACAGCAUGUAGAGUUAUAUAUUGGGUCAUAUAGUCACGUGCAACAUCUCAGCAUUUUUGCUUAAUUCCAAAUAGCUUAUGUUGUACAAAGGAUAGAAACAUUUACUGUGUUUCAAUGCAGUGGCGAAAAUUCACUUUUUCCGGUGGGGGGGGGGCGAAGCCUUCUAAAUUUCCGACAAAAUUUUCAAAUUUCCGACAACCCCCCCCCCAAUUGCACUCGAAAAGGCUGUUUUUAGCCCUCGUAUAGGUCAAAAUUUCCGACAAUUUGUCAUUUUCCAGCCACUGAGAUUUCCGCCACUGUUUCAAUGAGUGAUUUAGUGUCUGAUAAUGUGUCGCGAUUUGUUAUUUUUUCAAAUAUGCUGUUUCAUAUAAGUGCUAACCGGAAACUGUAAUGCAAAAGGACUAAGGUUAGAUUAGAGUUCGAGAUUAGACUGUUGAAAUGUGGUUUUCAACUAACUCAACUAUAUAGGUAUAGGGACAAAAACUAAGGACGGUACAAAAGGCUAGUUUGUUAGUGUGAACAAGUGGCACUGUGUAGUUUGAUAUGGAUGGUUUGAUAUAAGCCUUUAUUAGGCCUAUAAGGUUUAUUGAAGUAUGGUUUUAAUCUCCUACAUUAUAUCCUAAGCUACAGGUUUGUUUAUUUUGCUGCCUGUCGUCUGUAGGGUUAAUGCCUGAGCAGGCGUCUUCUGUUUUCACAUUGCACCUGACGACGUCAAAUCCAAUCAUGCAAUAAUUUUAAUAUAUCUACUAUAAUAAAGGAGAAAGCAUUUAGUACUGCCCGAUCAAUACGCCGGUAUACUAAAUAUAGCUGAUAUGUUGAUUUCACCUCAGUUAUUUAACAAAAAUACACCAAAACAACUGCAUCGUUACCGGCUUAUAUAAACUGACUAAUGAGAUUCCCCGUAUUUAUAGCAUCAUGCAUGUAAAGCAUUCUGGUCGGUUAACAGCAGUGCAUUCUGGUCGGAGAAACGGAAGUAAAAUUUUACUUUCAGAGCCCAAUACGAAUUAGAACUGCUGAUUUGCUUGGUCGCUUCAGGGUCGCUCGCUGCGUCAUUAAUUAGUGUAAUUACAUAAGUGAUUAUUGAUCGAGAUUCUCCACGCUGAUUGGUUGCCAUUGAGGUGAUUAUAACGCGAUAAUCACCCAAGCGAUUUUCCAAAUGGCGGCCGAAGCCGUUUUGUCAAUUAAAUGACGAAGAAAUGCGUAUUUUUUAUUUUUUCCAAAUAAGCACCUGUGACAUUAUACUAAAACAAUUAUUCACCUCAGGCUCGAUGAUUAUCGUGAAGUCGAGGUUUUUAUUCACGAUAAUCACUGAGCCUGAGGUGAAUAAUUAUAAUUAGUAUAAUUAUAUAGGUGAUUAUUGAAAAUUCUCCACGCUGAUUGGUUGCCGUUGAGGUGAUUAUUACGCGAUAAUCACCUAAGCGAUGUUCAAAUUGGCGGCCGAAGCCGUUUAGUCAAUUAAAUGACGAAGAAAUAUGUAUUUUUUUAUAUUUUUUCCAAAUAAUCACCUAUGAAAUUAUACUAAAACAAUUAUUCACCUCAGGCUCGGUGAUUAUCGUGAAUAAAAACCUCGACUUCGUCUCGGAUUUAUUCACCGAUAAUCACCUCGCCUUCGGCGGAUAAUUGUUAAGUAAUAGCAUGGCAUUCAGGGCGAUUAGUGAUUAAAUGUACCCAAAAGCCGAGAGAGGUUUAGUAAAAGUUUACUAAACCUCUCGAGGCUUGAGGGACAUUUCAUCACUAAUCGACCGUAAUACCAUGCUAUUACUUUGUAAUAUCAUAGUUGCCGAGAGAAUAGGACGGUUUUUACUUGAUUGAGUUAAAAGAAUAUUAAGCGGGUUUGUUGAUUGUUAUUAUUGACUGUUGGGAGUUCGAUAAUGGAGAUUAGCAUUCAUUUGAUGUAUUAUGUAGUCACGUGUAUACAGUGUGUAUCAUAAAAAAGGCUAUUCUUUGAAAUUCAAGUGAUUUUGCGUUUGUGAUCACAUGAGUUAAUUGAUCAUGAAGAUAUUAAGUGGUAGAGGGUAUACAUAAAAUAUGAGGUAUAAUUAGAAUUAAUUUUACCUCAUUUUACAAAUUAGUUCUAAUUUUGCCCGUGGUAAAAUUAGUUCUAAUUUUAUUACCUCCGCCAGGAGGUUAUGUAAUCAUCUGGGUUUGUGUGUAUGUGUAUGUGUGUGUGUGUGUGUAUGUGUGUGUGUUUGUCUGUGAGCACGAUAACUCAAGAAAUACCAAACAUAUCCGUACGAAAUUUUUUGAAUGCAUUUCCCAUCCGCUAAGGAAGAACUGAUUAAAAUUUGGUUGAAUUUGGUUAAAAAUUGAACGAGAAAUGAACAAAAUUUUGUCUUGCUUUUCCCGGUCAAUUAACAAAAAAUAUUACUAAAUGCGUAAUUAGGACGUAUAUAAUUUAUGCACUCAGUGCUAAGACAAUAAUGAGAUGAUAAACCUCAUUAAGCUUCGGCCUUCAUUAUCUAUUGUCUUAGUUGCAUUUCACGCGACCGAAAUUCAAUGUCUAAAACAAGGCUUACGGAGUUACGCAUUAUUACGUUCAGCAAAGUGCCAGUCCAUUCAAAUUCUAACAACAUUAGAUUACUUCAAUACAGGGUGUAUAAAAAGAACGCAACCUCGGAAUUUCCCAAGAAAUCGACAUUGUUUUAAAGACAAAAGAUUUUAGCUGCCUGGGAAUUUAAAAUAGCACAACUGUGAAAAUUACUGCACGCGCGAGUGCAUCAAGCAAAAUUUAUGCAUUUAUUUAAUGACACUUAAUAAGUUUUUAUUUUACAAGUACUGUACUGUACAGUACAACAACAAUAAUAUGUUCUAUUAGCAAUUCGAUAUCAAUUCGCGGGGGCCUGAAAUCUUUUAUGCUUAAGAAUUAUAAAGUGGAUUUCUUAGGAAAUUCCAAGGUUGCGUUUCACUUCCGAGUAACGGGCGGAGGUAUGCAGUCUCCGAGUGCCCUCUAGUUUUACUACAUGUUUUAGUAAUGAGGUAAAUUAGUGAUCAAUCGUACCUCGCGAGACAAAGGAUUUCGAGGCAACUAUGAUAUUAUUGUUACCUCCGCCAGGAGGUUAUGUAAUCAUCUGGGUUUGUUACCUCCGCCAGGAGGUUAUGUAAUCAUCUGGGUUUGUAUGUGUGUAUGUGUGUGUGUGUAUGUGUGUGUGUGUGUUUGUCUGUGAGCACGAUAACUCAAGAAAUACCAAACAUAUUCGUACGAAAUUUUUUUAAUGCAUUUCCCAUCGGCUAAGGAAGAACUGAUUAAAAUUUGAUUGAAUUUGGUUAAAAAUUGAACGAGAAAUGAACAAAAUUUUGUCUUGCUUUUCCCGGUCAAUUAAAAAAAACUCACUGAAUGCGUAAUUAGGACGUGUAUAAUGUAUCCACGCCGUACUAAGACAAUGAGACAACAAUAAUGAGAUGACAAACCUCAUUAAGCUGCAACCUUCAUUAUCUAUUGUCUUAGUUGCAAUUCACACGAUCGAAAUUCAAUGGUGGCGGAGGUAUGCAGUCUCUGAGUGCCCUCUAGUUUUAAUAUAUUUUCAUAGGUGAUUAUUUGGAAAAAAAUAAAAAAUACACAUUUCUUCGUCGUUUAAUUGACAAAACGGCUUCGGCCGCCAUUUUGAAAAUCGCUUAGGUGAUUAUCGCGUUAAACCACCUCAACGGCAACCAAUCAGCGUGGAGAAUUUUCAAUAAUCACCUAUGUAAUUAUACUAAUUAACAAUUAUUCGCCGAAGGCGAGGUGAUUAUCGGGGAUUAGUAUAAAUUUUGCAUAUCAAAUGAGCUUUCGCGCGUUCUGAUUGACUAGUAAAUCUGAGGCAUUAUUUACCACCUGGGUAGUAAAUAAUGCUUUUCAAAAAGAAUGUGCAAAUUCCUCAGCCAUUUCCUGAAGAAAUUAAUGCUAAACAGAAACUAUUUUUAAUUCGGUGAAAAGUCUGGUGAAAGAGUCAUUCCGUUAUUGUGUUUAUAUUCCAAGCAGAAAUCGAGAAAAACAACUUUGUAAUAAAGCAAUAAAGUCACACAAGAAGCCAUUUUGAAAUUGUGUGCGUACAAGAAACACUGCAGCACUAUUAGUGAACAGGCCGAAUAUUCGCCAAGACGAAGUCGAGGUGAAUAUUCCCCGAUAAUCACCGAGCCUGAGGCGAAUAAUUGUUUUAGUAUUUUUACACAAGUCUUUUGUGUUUUUUUGGACUGAAUUUAUCUUAAUUUCGCUUAUUCUUUAUCAGUAACUUUCACAAAAUGGCUAGCCGCCAUUUUGAAAAAUUCGGUUUUGUUAUAUUCACCUGUAGGUGAAUAUAACAGCUUAAUACGUCAAAUUUGACCAAUCAACUUGUAGGAUUUGUUAUGUUCACUUGUGCAAAAAUACGAAUGGCUAUUAGUCAACAAGAAAUUAAGGACUCUUCAAAUUAAACAAUGAUAAUAUAUUGCACAAUUAAUUGCAUUUUACUUUCUUCUACAGCUGAAGUAGUGUGUGAUUUGGGAUGGAAACCAUUCAGGAAAUCUUGCUACAAAACAUCAGAUGUCAAAAGACAGUGGCUUGCAGCUAAGAGAGAUUGUGGAGAUCUUGGUGGUCAUUUGUUAAAAAUUGAUGAUCAAGCUGAACAGAGUUACUUCUACAAACAAAUUUGGAAUUUAUGGCAUUCGGUAAACAGAUUGUCUGUUAUUUAGUUAAAAAUGAUUUAAUAAUUUUAGUAAAAUAUCAGUCAAUUUUAGAUUAGUUCCAAUUUUCUAAACCUCAGGAAGGAACAUUUGUAGCUAAAUACACAACAGAUCUGAUACAAUAAGUAGCAUGCAAUGCCGAAUAAUAAUAAUCUUAAUUUAAUUAAUUUGCCUGGUUUAUUUAAAAUUUGAAAAUUAGGCACAUGCCUUAUAUUUUAAAAGGUUUAACUAAUUAAAUUUUCCUAUACACUUGCUGAAAUUCCUUGUGUGAUAUUUUAGCGGUUUUGGAUCGGUCUUAACGAUCCACGAGGCAACGGAACUUGGAAAUGGGAAUCUGACAGUAGUUCUCCUCAGUAUACGAAUUGGAAUGCCGGCGAACCCAAUGGCAUUGGUACCGAGAGAUGCGUUGAAAUGUUUGGAGGCAGACUAGCUGGACUUUGGAAUGACCACUAUUGCUACACAUAUAGAAAAUAUAUCUGUGAGAAAGAAGAAAGUGAGUGUACAAUAAUAAUAAUAAUAAUUUGUUCUUCGUUCUUCGUUGUUUGUUCUUCAUAUUGCGCAAAUAUCCAUACGUAUAUGAUCAAUAUAUGA